AUGUUCGCACUAACGAUCGCUAACGAUCCUGUCCGCAUCAUCAUAAUGAUAGCAGCCGCAUUUGGUUGGUUGCUUUCAUUCCUGGUCUCGUCACUAAUAUGGUUCGCAGUUGUGCCUCUACGAUCGCAUCUAGCCUUUGGUAUGGUAUUUGCUGUCAUAAUCCAAGAGGCAUUCCGCUAUGGCAUGUACCGCCUGCUCAGAAAAACUGAAGCAGGAUUAAAAGAGAUCUCUGAAAACCAUGACAUUGGAUCUAACAAAAUGGAGAUGGCAUAUGUGUCUGGACUUGGUUUUGGAACCAUGAGUGGUGCUUUUGCUCUUGUCAAUGUACUUGCUGAUUCCGUUGGUCCAGGGACAUUAGGGCUUCAUAAUGGAACAGAAUUCUUUUUCGUAACAAGUUCAGCAAUGACUCUGUGCAUGAUACUCCUCAACACUUUUUGGAGUAUCAUAUUCUUCAGCGGUCUUGAUGAGAAAAACUAUAUGAAAAUUGUUUGGGUGGUUGGCUCACAUUUUCUUGUUUCUGGAAUAAGUUUACUAAACCGUAACGAGUUCUAUGCUAAUACAAUUAUACCUUCUUAUAUUGUGUUAAUAGUUACAGCAGUGAUUGCUUUCAAAUCUGCUGGUGGUACCAGGAAGAGUCUUAUGCAAGCUCUAUUGAAUAGAUCAUAA